CGGAGCAUGGGGGAAAUAACCAGGCAUCUGGCGAUCACCGUGGCCAGAUGCCAGAAAGUUUGGCACCAGCUCCGGUACAAGUACCGAGCAAUAAGGAUACGUGAGCUGGCAGCGGUCAAUAAGACAGGAUAUCCCCCUUCGCCUCCUAAGUGGCACUGCUAUAGGCCAAUGAGCUUUCUGCAGGAAACAGUUGAUGAGUCGCUGAGAGCGAAUGAUAGAACGCUCAGAAGAAAAUGUGAUGGGGCCUCCAAUUGCCUCUUCUGCGCGGUGGCCCGCAGCAGAGGGAAGGGAAUUCGCAAAAACAAGACGGUCUAUACACAAAACAAAUUAAUGAUUUUCCUGUUUUGCAAGCUUUCCUCUAAAAAUGAAAAACGGAAACUUAUUCAACUUGUAUCGGGGCACCCCAUGCUCUGGCAGACAAAUAACAACUAUUAUAAUGAUAGGAAACAGAGUGCCGGAGCAUGGGGGGAAAUAACCAGGCAUCUGGCGAUCACCGUGGCCAGAUGCCAGAAAGUUUGGCACCAGCUCCGGUACAAGUACCGAGCAAUAAGGAUACGUGAGCUGGCAGCGGUCAAUAAGACAGGAUAUCCCCCUUCGCCUCCUAAGUGGCACUGCUAUAGGCCAAUGAGCUUUCUGCAGGAAACAGUUGAUGAGUCGCUGAGAGCGAAUGAUAGAACGCUCAGAAGAAAAUGUGAUGGGGCCUCCAAUUGCCUCUUCUGCGCGGUGGCCCGCAGCAGAGGGAAGGGAAUUCGCAAAAACAAGACGGUCUAUACACAAAACAAAUUAAUGAUUUUCCUGUUUUGCAAGCUUUCCUCUAAAAAUGAAAAACGGAAACUUAUUCAACUUGUAUCGGGGCACUCCAUGCUCUGGCAGACAAAUAACAACUAUUAUAAUAAUAGGAAACAGACUGCCGGAGCAUGGGGGGAAAUAACCAGGCAUCUGGCGAUCACCGUGGCCAGAUGCCAGAAAGUUUGGCACCAGCUCCGGUACAAGUACCGAGCAAUAAGGAUACGUGAGCUGGCAGCGGUCAAUAAGACAGGAUAUCCCCCUUCGCCUCCUAAGUGGCACUGCUAUAGGCCAAUGAGCUUUCUGCAGGAAACAGUUGAUGAGUCGCUGAGAGCGAAUGAUAGAACGCUCAGAAGAAAAUGUGAUGGGGCCUCCAAUUGCCUCUUCUGCGCGGUGGCCCGCAGCAGAGGGAAGGGAAUUCGCAAAAACAAGACGGUCUAUACACAAAACAAAUUAAUGAUUUUCCUGUUUUGCAAGCUUUCCUCUAAAAAUGAAAAACGGAAACUUAUUCAACUUGUAUCGGGGCACUCCAUGCUCUGGCAGACAAAUAACAACUAUUAUAAUAAUAGGAAACAGACUGCCGGAGCAUGGGGGGAAAUAACCAGGCAUCUGGCGACCACCGUGGCCAGAUGCCAGAAAGUUUGGCACCAGCUCCGGUACAAGUACCGAGCGAUCAGGGUACGUGAGCUGGCAGCGAUAAAAGAAACAGGAUGCAAAUAUCCCUACGCCUCCUAAGUGGCAUUGCUAUAGGCCAAUGGGCUUUCUGCGGGAAACAGAUCAUGAGUCGCUGAGAGCGAAUGGUGUGAUAGAACGCUCAGAAGAAAAUGUGAUGGGGCCUCCAAUUGCCUCUUCUGCGCGGUGGCCCGCAGCAGAGGGAAGGGAAUUCGCAAAAACAAGACGGUCUAUACACAAAACAAAUUAAUGAUUUUCCUGUUUUGCAAGCUUUCCUCCAAACAGUAUAAAAAGGAUUUGAUCCGACUUGUAUCGGGGCACCCCAUGCUCUGGCAGACCAAUGACCCAUUCUAUAAUAAUAGAAGAAAGAUUGCCGGAGCAUGGGGGGAAAUAGCCAGGCAUCUGGCGACCACCGUGGCCAGAUGCCAGAAAGUUUCUCACCAGCUCCGGUACAAGUACCGAGCGAUCAGGGUACGUGAGCUGGCAGCGAUAGAAGAAACUGGAUAUCCCCCGACGUCUCCUAAGUGGCAUUGCUAUAGGCCAAUGAGCUUUCUGCGGGAAAUAGUUGAUGAGUCGAUGAGAGCGAAUGGUGUGAUAGAACGCUCAGAAGAAAGUGUGAUGGGGCCUCUAAUUGCCUCCUCUACGCGGUGGCCCGCAGCAGAGGGAAGGGAAUUCGCAAAAACAAGACGGUCUAUACACAAAACAAAUUAAUGAUUUUCCUGUUUUGCAAGCUUUCCUCUAAAAAUGAAAAACGGAAACUUAUUCAACUUGUAUCGGGGCACUCCAUGCUCUGGCAGACAAAUAACAACUAUUAUAAUAAUAGGAAACAGACUGCCGGAGCAUGGGGGGAAAUAACCAGGCAUCUGGCGACCACCGUGGCCAGAUGCCAGAAAGUUUGGCACCAGCUCCGGUACAAGUACCGAGCGAUCAGGGUACGUGAGCUGGCAGCGAUAAAAGAAACAGGAUGCAAAUAUCCCUACGCCUCCUAAGUGGCAUUGCUAUAGGCCAAUGGGCUUUCUGCGGGAAACAGUUCAUGAGUCGCUGAGAGCGAAUGGUGUGAUAGAACGCUCAGAAGAAAAUGUGAUGGGGCCUCCAAUUGCCUCUUCUACGCGGUGGCCCGCAGCAGAGGGAA